GAGUCGUUCGAUCGAACCUAUUCCAUACUCUAUUAGUAAUAGAAACGCAAUUCAACAAGUCAUCAACAUGUCAGGCGAAGCAGAGAAAACUUAUACGCGUGCUGAAGUUGCCAAACAUAACACCAACAAGGAUACAUGGCUACUAAUUCACAAUAAUAUUUACGAUGUCACAGCAUUCCUGAACGAGCAUCCCGGCGGCGAAGAGGUACUGAUCGAGCAGGCCGGCAAAGAUGCUACCGAAAACUUCGAGGAUGUUGGCCACAGCAAUGACGCGCGCGACAUGAUGAAAAAGUACAAAAUCGGUGAAUUGGUUGCCCACGAGCGCACGAAAGUUGCACAGAAAUCUGAACCCACCUGGAGCUCAGACACACAGAACGAGGAGAGUUCAAUGAAGUCGUGGAUAGUGCCCCUGGUUCUCUGUCUGUUUGCUACGCUCUUUUACAAAUUCUUCUUUGGCAAUGCUAAGCAGCAAUAAAGUUAACAAAUAUGUUCCGUUUGCCUCAACGCUGGACCGCUAAAUGCCUUCGCCAUCUGACCAAGCUAGAAAGUGAGAGAGAUACACGUGAAGGGGUAUCAACUCUUACAUACCCUGCCUUUAAUACUAAUUCUAGUAGUGUUCCAUACGCUUGCUGGAGACGUUUGGCUGCGUCUGCCGUUGUACCUGGCGGAAUUUGUAGAGAGAAUUUGUGCUAAGUUUUAAAGAUAAAAAUGUGAAUGUUUUGGCAUCUUGUUUUUGUACUAAUUUCUAUAGUAAGUGGGUUUGAGUUUUCUUAUGAACUAGAUAAUUGUUUAACGUUCCAACAUGCAACAAAAA